AAUCAUACUGGAGAAAGGCCAUACAAGUGUAGCGAAUGUGGAAAAGCUUUUAGCCUCAAAUAUAAUGUAGUUGAGCACCAGAAAAUUUACACAGGAGAAAGACCUUUUGAAUGCACUGAAUGUGGGAAAGCCUUCAUAAGAAAGUCCCACCUUGUUCAGCACCAGAAAAUCCAUACUGAAAGAUUCUUUAAACAAAAUCCUGGCCUUAUUCAACAUCAGGAAGUUCAUACCAGGCCAAGGCCUCAUAAGUGGAGUCAAUGUGGAAAAACUUUCCUUACACAGUCCCAUCUCAAUGGUCACCAAAAAAUCCACACUGGAGAAAGGCCUUAUGAAUGCAAUGAAUGUGAGAAAUUCUUUAUGUACAGUUCCACCCUCCUUAGGCAUCAGAAAGUUCAUGCUGGAGAACGGCCUUAUUGUUGCAGUGAAUGUGGGAAAUUCUUUAUGGACAACUCUACACUUAGUAUUCAUCAGAGAGUUCACACUGUAGAAAGGCCUUAUGAGUGCAGUGAAUGUGGGAAAUUCUUUAGAUACUGCUCCACAUUCAUCAGACAUCAGAGAGAUCACACUGGAGAAAGACCUUUUGAGUGUAGUGAAUGUGGGAAGUUCUUCAUGGACAGGUCCACACUGGUUAUUCAUCGGAGUGUUCACACUGGAGAAAAGCCUUAUGAGUGCAGUGAAUGUGGGAAAUUCUUUAGGUAUUGCUUCACAUUGAGUAGACAUCAGAGGGUUCAUGCUGGAGAAAGGCCUUUUGAGUGCAGUGAAUAUGCUAAGUUCUUUAUGGACAGUUCCACACUCAUUAGUCAUCAGAGAGUUCACACUGGAGAACGGCCUUUUUCAUGCAGUGGAUGUGAGAAAUUCUUCUGGUAUCGCUCCACACUUGAUAUACAUCAAAGAGUUCACACUGGAGAAAGGCCUUAUGAGUGCAGUGAAUGUGGGAAAUUGUUUAGGCACAAUUCCAAUCAUAUUAGACACCAGAGAAAUCGCAUUAGAGAAAAGCCUUAUGAGUACAGGGAAUGUGGGAGAUUCUUCAGCCAAAAUUCUCAUCUCAUUAGGCACCAAAAAGUUCACACUGGAGAGAGACCCUUUGAAUGCCCUGAAUGUGGAAAAUUGUUUAUGGACAGCUACACUCUCAUUAGUCAUCAGAGAGUUCACACCAGAGAAAGGCUUUAUGAAUGCAAUGAAUGUGGGAAAGUUUUUAGAUACAACUCUAGUCUUGUUAAACAUCGGAGAAUUCACACUGGAGAAAGGCCUUAUGAAUGCAGUGAAUGUGGGAGUCUUUAGGCAAAAUUCUCACCAACUUCAGCACCAGAAAGUUCAUACCAAAUAAAUCAUGAGUAAAGCAAAU